AUGGGAGAAGAGGGGUUCAGCCAGGCCGGAAGGCUCAACACCUAUGCAUGGAGGUGGGAUGUGGUGACGAUCGACCCAAAGGGAAAAGUUGGUGAGCCGCAAUCGUCCCCCGAGGCGGCAAGAAGGAUGGAAGCUUGCUUCACCACCUUCCCGAUCUUUCUCGACUUUCCCUCCCAGCACCACCCGCCUAACAACCACCACCACGCGUCUCUUUCUCGAUCAACCGAACGGGAUCACCGUCUUGUUACUCCUGUCGCUGCCUUCGCAUCUUGA